GCCUCAGAAUCCAAUGGAAACAGGGGUCUGAUGACUCGAGAAGCAUUUGUCAAUACAAUGUCUGCAACAAUUAAGCAAGGCACUAAGGAAGAAUAUGGUGAGCUCUUUGAUAAGAUAGACUUGAUCCGAGAUGGUCUUAUUGAUUGGGACAAAUUGACUUCCUUUGUGCUUCUUGAGCUAUAUGAAAGAGAUGAACGAACCAAACUGUCAGUCAUCCCCCAAUGGAAAGAUCUCCGGUUUCUUCCAACGAUUCACAAAGAUGUUGUUCAGAAUGUAAUAUGUUUUAAACACCCCAGCAAAUACUUGACUGUAAGCAGGAAUGGAUUGCUUGGCUUCUGGGGAGAAAGUUUAAAGUUACAAAAGACGCUGCAAAUCACUACAGAAGCAGUGAAACCCAAAGACCUCUGGGUAACCUCUCUGGUUGCAUUACCAAAUGUUAACAAGGUAGCUGUUGCAUUUACAAACAAAGAGAUCCAUUUUGCAGAGUUAAAUUUCAAAAAAGGGUUCUCAUGUCAAUACAGGCUUCAAGGCUUUGAGGGAACAGUGACAUGCAUGAACUACUGGUAUAAUCCUCAUGAUGGAAAUGAAGCUAUUCUGACAAUGGGAGAUGUUUGUGGACAGGUUCAAGCAAUUGCCUUCAACACAGCCCUGAUUUCAUUGUUUGAAAGACCUUCCAGUUCUCUUGAAGAUGAAAAUGUGACAGUGACAAUUAAUUGGCAGGAGCUGGUUUCUGGAUAUCACAAAUGCUGCUACACAUUAAAACACAAAAUCCAUGAUAAAGAAUGGAUUAGGCAAGUUCUGUACAGCUCAUCUUUAGAUGCAUUCUUGUCUGUGACAACCAGCAGCACCAAGACAUUGGUGCUAGCCUGGAGAGAAAAAUUAAGUCCUUGCCUAACAAUGACAGCUUUCCAUAUUGACCAGGGAGUCAAUGCAUUUGACUUUCAUUCCAGGCUUAACUUGAUAGCGACUGCAGGAAUUAAUUGCUCCGUCUGCCUUUGGAAUCCUUAUGUCACAUCAAAACCUGCUGGAAUCCUGACAGGUCAUUCAGACAGUGUAAUAGCUGUCCAGUUCAUUACUGAGCACAAACUGCUCUUCAGCUUUGCCAAGGAUAAGAUAUUAAGGCUUUGGGACAUUCAGCAUCAGCUUUGUGUACAGAGGAUUGCCGGAUCCUUCCCUAAAAGCAUGGACUUCUACUCCAUGCUUUAUUUUGAUGAAUCCCAAGGUCUCCUAUUCAUCUCACUGAACAACCAACUGAUGGUACUGGAAAUGGAGCAAGAUUUAGGGAAAAGGAGAGUGGCAAGUCACAAGAAAGCUGUGACUUGCCUCCUUUACAAUUCAGUGCUCAAACAGGUAAUCAGCUCAGAUACAGGGUCUACAGUUAUCUUCUGGCUGAUUGAUACUGGGCAGAAAAUCAAAGAGUUUACUGGUUGCCACGGCAAUGCAGAGAUCAGCACUAUGGCUCUUGAUGGGACUGAGACCCGUCUCUUCACUGGGAGCACAGAUGGAACAGUGAAGGUCUGGGACUUCAAUGGACACUGUCACCAUAAGCUCAAUGCUGGACGGGACCAAACAGUUGAAAUUUCCCAAAUUUUGGUGCUAAGCUGGACUAUCUUGGUCUUAGGAUGGGACAGGGUGAUCACAGUCUUCCGCCUAAAUAACUUGACUCAGUAUCUUGUUCAGCCUUCAGAAUGGAAAGGAGGAACUCAGCAUCAGGAUGACAUUUUAUGUGCAGCAUUUUUACCUCCACAGACUCUCGUCACAGGGAGUUCUGAUGGUGAGAUUGUUGUAUGGAAUAACAGUACUGAAAAUGCCUUCACUAAGCUGUGCUUCAAUCCUGGAAGAUCACUGAGAUCCAGCUCAGGUUCUCAGAUGCUGCAGAACAAAACCUCUGACAAACAUAUGAGGUCUGCAGCUAAUUCUGAAGCUGAAAACUGCAAUGCUAUAACUAGACUUGUCUUCUUGGAGAGUAGGAAUAUUUCAGCUACAGAUGGAGCCAACCUUGUGUCUUGUGGAGGUGCUGGUUGGGUCCGGUUUUGGAAUAUACAAAGAAGCAAGCUACUGGCAGAAUUUGAAGCUCACAGUGGAGUAGGAUCUAUUAUUAUGACAACUGAUACACAAAACCAGUACCUCAUCACAGCAGAUCUGGUUGGGUGGGUGAAAAUAUGGGACAUAGAGGACUAUUGCCUUGCCCUGGGAGAAAACAUCAUAACACAGCCACCUUCUCUGUUGAGAUCAUUUCAGGCACACGAAGACUGCAUUACUAGCCUGGAGUCUUGUCUGCAAAACAACUGUCUUUUUAUCGUGACAUCCUCAACAGACCGUAGCAUUGUUCUCACGGACAUUUCUGGUAUUCCAUUUGGGAUAUUUGGACAGGAGGAACACUGGAGAAUUGGAAAUCAUGUUCCAUUCUUCCCCAAAGAAGAAAAUGAUGCCCAAAGAGAAAAGGAGAAUGAUGUUACAAAGAACAACUCUGUACAAUUUGUUGAAGACAAUGCUCCCCCUAAUACUGUGGAACAAACUCUGUCUGUUACAGAGGAUGAAGACAACUUUACAUACAU